CUCCUCUUACUAAAGAAGGAAACAAACAUCUAUCCAGAAGGGACGGGAGACGGAGAGAGAGGAAGGUGGGAAGGCAGGAGGCCGAGGAGGAGACAAUUAAACCUGUCUGACAGAGAAGACGUCGACACCUAAUCUCUAAAGCGAGACAAAAGGACCUGAAACCGUCGACUUUUGCCGUCUCUGCCCAGACAAGCGCUCACGUUUUCUGUCUUCUCGCGAGAACACCCGUCGACUUUUUCUUGGCAGGUGAUGAUCUCGGAUUGUUGCUUUUUCUUUUUUUUCUUCUUCCUUUCUUAACAUCGAGGAUUAAAUAUUGUAGUGGGUUCGUCUUAUGAAGCAAUGGCUCAAGAGACGAACCAGAGCCCGGUCCCCAUGCUUUGUGCCACAGGCUGUGGUUUCUAUGGCAACCCAAGAACAAAUGGCAUGUGCUCUGUAUGCUAUAAAGAACACCUGACGCGGCAGCAGAGCAGCGACCGCAUGAGCCCCCUCAGCCCAAUGGGCUCCACUGCUAGUCCUACCUCAGAGGUCUCGGCUAUCCAGAGACUAGAAGCCAGUUUGGCUAAGGUUGAUGCCUCCCCUGCCUCUUCUCCAGACAUGUCUAGAACUGUUCAAGGAUCUCUCCCUGUGACUCAACAAAUGACAGAGAUGAGCAUCUCGAGAGAGGAUAAACCUGACCCUCUAGAGCCUGUUGUAAGUCAGCCUGCUGCUUCUAGCCCAACUCCUGUAGCUUCUACCAGUGUUGAAGAAGGCAAGGGAGACCCCUCCAAACCCAAGAAGAACAGAUGUUUCAUGUGCCGUAAAAGGGUGGGACUUACAGGGUUUGACUGUCGCUGUGGGAACCUGUUCUGUGGCAUCCACCGAUACUCUGACAAGCACAACUGUCCCUACGAUUACAAGGCCGAAGCUGCCGCCAAGAUCCGCAAGGAGAACCCUGUGGUUGUGGCUGACAAGAUACAGAGAAUAUAGAUUUGAUAUAACAGCAACGCCAGCAAUGAUGAAACACCUUGACAAGGACUGGAGUAUGAGUGUGAACCCUUUGAAAUGAGCACCAACGCAAGUGGUGACUUGAGGAUUGAAAAGACUUGAUUUUAAAAAAAAAUUACAACCUCAAAAUAUCGAAAAAAGAAAAAAGAUCCUUACUGAGGGAGAUGCAUGAAUGAUCACUUUCCUUUUUCCUCUUUUGAUUGAUUCAUUAGUUUGUUUUAUUCUGUUUUCUGUGGUGUGACUUUUCCGUUGUUGAGUCCAUUCUUUUUCUAAGAAAAUGUAUUGUCUUAUUUAGAGCAGCGCAGGCUCAAUGUCCAGGAUGUGCUGUGCUCCUCUCACCCAUGCUAGGCGCCAGUUUGUGCCAAACAGUCAUUUUACUCUAACCCUGCAGUGUGUUAGACACAGGCAGGUUUCUCAAAGCAGUCAGACAGUCCGUACGAGUCAUGUCCCUCAACCAUAACAGCUUCUUGUUCUGUGCUCUGUUGACACUGGAGUUAUUCAACUCUCCAUGUAACUCUAUAUUUUCUAGCUUUACCUACCUCACGGCUGCUGUGUUAAGCUAUGUAGUCUUCCCUUUUACUUCAUCUGCUUUGACCCCGGCACAACAGUGGAUCAUCAUGACAGUCAGCCCCUGUCUCCCUCCAGUCUGCUUGGCCAUGUGGACAUCAUCUGUCUGUGAUGAGACCGUUUCAUUAUACCUAAAGGCGUCAUGCUAGACGUGGUACCCCACAUUUCACUGAAUCCGAACAUUUGCAAUGAGAAUGAUGAUAAAAAUGGGAUCGCCCCAACUGGUUUGAGUUCACAUUGUAAUAUGACGCCUGGUGCAGGGCUGCGUUCACCAACGUGUGGCCUGAGAGGAAGGACUGCAUCUUUCCUGGUGGGCCUGAUGGGUGAAUCUAGGCUACAAUGUUGUAGGGACAUAAAUGAAUGGACUAAAUGCAUGAGUUACACUUCAUUUGCAUUAGUGUUUCAAUAUCACUCGUCUAAGGGUUUGGGACAUUUUAUUUGCUGAAAGACAAUUAUCUGAUGUUUUGAAUUUUUUUUUUUCUUCUUCCAUUGUUUUGAUGUUUGCGCAUGGAUUCUGUGCAGUUGUGGAAUUAUUGUUUUUUUUUUUUAAAGGCGCUAACACAAUAUUCAUGUGAGCACAGUAUGUGUGUGUUGGUGUAUGAGUGUGUUGUCCCCCUUUUAGUUGUGAAGCUACCCUGUUUAUCAGCACAUGUUUACAGAAGUACAGGAGCAUGCCAGAGCUAGAUUUAUGAAAAAUAAUAGAAACCAAGAUUAGAUGUAACUUGUCAUCUAACGGCUAUUGGUCUGUGUGUCUGCUGUAGAGCACCGUAGAGAUGUGUGUGUGUGUGUGUGUGUGUGUGUGUGUGUGUGUGUGUGUGUGUGUGUGGGUGGGUGUGCAUGUGCACAAACCUGAGCAAAAGUGUUCUCAUGGCUGCCUGAGACACGUAUGUUUGUGUCUUCUAUUACUUUCCCCCUGCGAGGAUGUUUUUCAUUUAAAUGACAACUGUAUGUAUCCGUUUUUUUUCUUUCUUUUUCUGACUCUUAGUUAUAUGCAAAUUUGUACAAAAAAAGAAAAAACAACAAACUGUGUUGAUAUUUAUGUAUUACAUAUAAUCUUGCUAUCCAGCAUUACAACAGAAUAGUAUCAUGUAAAUAAAACUGUACAGAGAGACAUAA